GGAGAAUUGCUUGAACCCGGCAGGCAGAGAUUGCAGUGAGCUAAGAUCGUGCCACUGUACUCCAGCCUGGGUGACAGAGCAAGACUCUGUCUCAAAAGAAAAAAAGAGCUUUUUCUUUCCAUGCCGAUAGCACUCACGCAAACAUGGUGAACAUUCCUAAAACCUGCCGAACUUCCUGUAAGAAGUGUGGCAAGCACCAGCCCUACAAAGUCACACCGUACAAGAAGGGCAAGGAUUCUCUGUAUGCCCAGGGAAAGCGGCGUUAUGACAGGAAGCAGAGUGGCUAUGGUGGGCAGACUAAGCCGAUUUUCUGGAAGAAGACUGAAACUACAAAGAAGAUUGUGCUAAGGCUUGAGUGCCGUGAGCCAAACUGCAGAUCUAAGAGAAUGUCGGCCAUUAAGAGAUGCAAGCAUUUUGAACUGGGAGGAGAUAAGAAGAGAAAGGGCCAAGUGAUCCAGUUCUAAGUGUCUUCUUUUCUUUUAGGAAGACAAUAAAAUCUUGAGUUUAUGUUAAAAAAAAAAAAAAAAAGAAGAAGAAGAAGAAAGAAAUGGGAUUGGAACAAGUUACCCAUCUGUUGGAUUUCACCUGGGAUUUGUGCUGGUUGAGAAAGGCUAAUUCCAGAAAGCCCCUCUCUCUCCUUCUUUGGCCUCUUCACUUUUCUGUUUCCCAAAGCAUUCCCUACAAUCUUUAAACUCAGAGGAAUGUUGCUGUAAUGGCCACUUAGGAGCUGAACGGCGUUGCAGGAGCUGUCCCUAAGUGUUUUACCUGCACUGUCUCAUUUAAUAUUUAUGCACUGCAACUCCAGGUAGUAAGCACCUCUAUCUCCAAUUUGCAGAUAGGAAACUGAGGCUCAGGAAGGCACACUUGCUCAAAGUAAUUUAGCUAGUAAGUGUCAGAGCCUGGAGUUGAACAAGGAUCUGUCUGAUUUCAUAGUCUAGGCUCUUUACUCAUGAAUUAGCCUGACCAUUGACUUCCCUAACAUAUCAAACACUGAGCAACAGGGAGGCUGAGAUCUAAAGGUAUUUUUUUUCUUUUUUUUAUAAUGUUUUUUUCUUUCUUUCUUUCUUUUUUUUUU